CAGAAACAUUAACAAAGAACCACAUUUCCAAAUUAAACUCAUUUUCUGCCACUCUUCAAACUUCAACGAUAUCAUGGCAAACCAAUCACCACCCUUUGGCACCCCCCUCAUUGGCCUUCAGUACUGUGCCCCAGAUCCCGUUGAUCUGAUAAUCACAAAGGAAAGGACUAUACGUGAUAACUUCACUGUUACAGAUGUUAAAGGCAACAUCGUGUUCACUGUUCAGAGUUCUCUCGUUACCUUUGUAACACCCCGCCAACACCUCUUCUUAUUAGAUGCUGAUGGAAACCCCCUUGUGCAUCUACGCAGAGCGCUACUGGCAGCAAAUGAUAAUUGGAAAGCAUUUAGAGGCAGAAGUACUGAAUCCAAGGAUCUGAUCUUUAUUCGAAAGCCAUCCUCAUUUUUUCAGCUAAGGGAGAAAUUAAAUGUGUUCUUGGCAAAUAAUACCACUGAAGUAUGUGACUUCAAGGUCAAAGCAACUCGGAUCGGAUACCGAUCUUGGAAUGUUUACAUCGGCGAGUCCGACAUUGUUGUUGCCCAGAUAAAUAAGAAGCCUGACACUAUGUUUAGCAGAGAGAGAGAGAAGUACAUGGUCACUGUGUGCCCGAACAUCGAUUAUGCUUUCAUUGUGUCGCUAAUUGUGACUCUACUACCACGACAUGAGCAAAUGUAGUUCACCUUAAGCCUUUAACCUUACUUUCUGGUGGAUGGUAGUUAAUAUCUCAAUUUCUUCAACAUGUGUAUUCAGAUUUUAUGUUUUUGUGUGUAUUCGAUUCUUUCAUUUAUUUUUCCUU